AUGGCAGCAGUCCCAGGCGCGACCACGGAUGCGAACCCUGGAGGUGGAGCUGCAGAAGAGGACGGUGAACAUGUCAAACCUUUUACACCAGAGAAAGCAAAAGAAAUUAUAAUGUCUUUGCAACAACCUGCAGUCUUCUGUAACAUGGUUUUUGAUUGGCCAGCACGACACUGGAACGUUAAACGCCUUUCUGAGGUCCUUCAUGGAAAGCAGAUACGAUUCAGAAUGGGAAUGAAAAACACAGAUACAAUUCCUCAGUUUGAAACUUCGUGUAGUUAUGUGGAAGCUACACUUGAAGAAUUUCUGAUCUGGAACUGUGGCCAGUCUAGUGGUUCUGGACCAUUUCAAGAUUAUGAUCAUUCCCAGUUCUGGGCUUAUGCUGACUAUAAAUACUUUGUCAGUCUCUUUGAAAACAAGACGGAUAUUUUCCAGGAUGUGAUAUGGUCAGACUUCGGGUUUCCUGGAAGAAAUGGACGGGAGAGUACAUUGUGGAUUGGUUCCCUGGGGGCCCAUACUCCCUGUCAUCUGGACUCCUAUGGUUGCAACUUAGUAUUCCAGGUACAAGGAAGGAAAAGAUGGCACCUCUUUCCUCCUGAAGAUACUCCUUUCCUUUAUCCAACGAGAAUCCCUUAUGAAGAAUCUAGUGUGUUCAGUAAGAUCAAUGUUGUCAAUCCUGAUUUAAAACGUUUUCCUCAGUUCCAGAAAGCUCAAAGACAUAUGGUUACACUGAACCCAGGACAGGUUCUGUUUGUUCCCAGACACUGGUGGCAUUAUGUAGAAUCCGUUGAUCCUGUCACUGUCAGUAUAAACUCAUGGAUUGAACUGGAAGAGGACCACCAAGCCCGGGUAGAAGAAGCGAUCACCCGUAUCCUUGUAUGCGCUCUGAAGACCGCAGAGGACCCAGACAACACCAAAGCUUGGUUAAACCCCACUGAGGUUGAGGAAACAUCCCAUGAAAUCAAUUGUCGCUAUUUAAAUGGAGCUGUUUCGGCCCUUUUUGAUCAUUACAGAUCAUCUAAAGGAGUUGAAAUUCAAGCAUUAGGAACAAAUGGAGAGCCCACAAAAAAGGAAAAAUUAAAUGUUCACGACCACAUGGAGGUGGAACAACCACAUAGCCCAAACUUAACCAUGGGACCUGUGAAACAGGAGGCAGCAAGUCCCUUUGGCCUGGAUCUGGUUCCUGUAAUACCAAGUUCCAAAGAACCAUCCACAGCAAGAGGAGGCAUUUUUGAAAAUGAUGGUGAAGACUUUGUCACCAAAGAUGGCGAGUACUUUGGAAAAUCACAUUGUACAAAGAGGCAACGAAUGAUGUAUAUAAGCAAGAAAGCAAUUGUAGAACAAAUUGCUUCAGAUAGUACUGAGGCCCCUUCUCCAAUAUACGUUUCUACAGAUGACUUGCUGGACUGCUUGGUGAAUCCACAAGUAAUCAGGAUAGUGGCUCAGCUUUUGAUACAAGGGAAAACGUUGUGA